AUGGCCGCCGCCGCUGAUAAUGACGCCCGCAAGGACCGCAUCAUGUCGCACAUGAACAGCGACCACACGCGCGAGAUGAGCACCUACCUGCGGUACUACAACAGCCUCUCCGCGCGGCAGGCCGCCCGCCCCUCAAUGCGCGACGUCUCGCUCGACGCUAUGCGCAUCCGCGCCGGCGGCCUCGACUACACCGUGCCCUUUACCCCGCCGCUCACGAGCUGGAACGAGAUGCGGCCGCGCCUCGUCGAGAUGGACGCCGUCGCCCGCCGCGCGCUUGGCCUCUCCGACAUCGCCGUCACCGCGUACGUACCCCCGCGGCCGGGCCACUGGGUCAUCCUGCUAGCUGUCACGUUUUACUUUGUCAGCGCAGCGUCGCUGCCGUGGCUCGUCCCGGGCUCGGUCGCCUGGGGUCUGCUUGACAGGGGCUUUCCGGGGGGCGCCGCCGCGUUUCGCUGGCUGGUCAAGGUCCUCUUGGUGCCCGUCUUGGGCAUUCACGUUGCCGAGUGCUAUUUUCUCGAUAAUCUCCGUCUCAGACGCCACGGCGUCGAACGGUUCACGGGCUUGUGGCUCCUGUGGGAAGCGAGCUGCUUUCUGGAGGGUCUCAUGGUGUGGCGUCGCUUUGACGAGCUGGUUGCGGAAAAGCAAAAGGAAAAGGACGCCAAGAAGCAUUAG